ACAGGUUCAUUUGAAUGAGUGCACUUUGUUUCAAACGGCUUGUCAAUAAGAACAUUUCUUUCAGGUGAAGAUAGUUUCCAGGAGGCAGCAACACAAUAUCAGCUGGAAUAAAUAUGUCUACCAAUUUGUCUUCAGGCAGUGUCCUCAUGCUGCCGUCUCUGGGCUUAUCGAACACACACAUUUAUCCUGCAUUUGUGUUUGGCACCCUCACAUAUCUGAUCAUUGUGCUUUGCAAUUUGUUAGUCUUGACAACUAUUGUUGUGAGCAAAAAUCUGCACAAGCCCAUGUUUAUCCUGCUCUUCAACUUGCCCAUUAGCGACAUAGUGGGUGCCACGGCUUUUUUUCCUCAACUCCUUACGAGCAUUGUGACACAGAGCCGAUUGAUUUCCUAUCCCGGGUGCAUCAUCCAGGGUUUUCUGAUUCAUGUUUAUGGCACGGGAAACUUGCUGAUUUUGAGCGCUAUGGCGUACGACCGAUACAUAGCUAUAUGUUGCCCACUGAGGUACAACACCCUGAUGAGCUCACAUAAUUUGAUCAAAAUUAUUGUAGGGAUCUGGUUAUUGAAUCUGUCAGUAAUGGUCACAAUGUUUUCGUUGCUUCCGCGGCUCAAGGUGUGCAGGACACAUAUAGCGGAUCUGUACUGCAACAACCCAUCUCUGAUGAAACUAGCCUGUGAGAACAUCAGAGUGAACAACUACUACGGGAUAUUGGCCACGGUUGUACUCAUGGGAGGCCCGCUUUUGGUAAUAGUGUACACGUAUGCACAGAUCUUAUACACGUGUGUCGUGACGAAUCACGCGGACGCCCGGCGAAAAGCAAUUCAGACGUGCAGCACGCAUUUAAUAGUUUUUUUAAUCUUAGAAAUCAACACAGUGUUUACAUUCAUUACGCAUCGCAUUGAAAGCGCGUCCCCUUCUUUGAGAAGGGCUUUCGGUGUGUCUGUUCUCAUUUUCCCUCCUUUUCUGGACCCGAUCAUAUAUGGACUGAAAACCAGGGAACUUAAGAAUAGCAUGACGAUUUUCCUUAAACGAAAUCUGGUUUCAACAAAGUAG